CAUGAGCUUGGGAGCAGCGUGCAUUUUCUUGCGAGGCGGGAAAAAUAUCUCAAGAGAGCUCGCGGACGACGAGAUUGACGAGCUCCGCGACGCUUUCAAUGAGUUCGACAAGGACAAGGACGGCCUGAUCAGCUGCAAGGACCUGGGCAACCUGAUGAGGACCAUGGGCUACAUGCCCACCGAGAUGGAGCUCAUCGAGCUGAGCCAAAACAUCAACAUGAACCUCGGCGGCAGAGUGGACUUCGAGGACUUUGUGGAUCUGAUGGCGCCCAAACUUCUGGCGGAAACGGCCGGCAUGAUUGGCGUGAAGGAGCUGAAAAACGCCUUUAAAGAGUUUGACGCGGACGGCGACGGCGAGAUCACCACGGAAGAGUUGCGGUCGGCCAUGAUCAAGUUAAUGGGCGAGCACAUGAGCAGGAGGGAGAUCGACGCCAUCGUCAAAGAGGCCGACGACAACGGCGACGGCACGGUCGACUUCGAAGAGUUCGUCAGGAUGAUGUCGCAUCAAUGA